AUGAAUUCAUCUCUCCUAAGUGUGCGGAGAGAUCACUCUUCUUCCGCACUCUCUGUACACUCUCUUCCUACAUCCUAUAUUGUUUGGCAGUAUAAGAUUCUUGAUGGUUCUUCUUUUUCUUCCAUUCUUUCUGUAAAUCAAUAUGGCUUUAGUGUUUUUUCUUUAUUCUUUCAAGGUUUUGAGAAGCCCUCUGCUAUUCAGCAGAGGGGAAUUGUUCCAUUUUGCAAGGGACUUGAUGUAAUUCAACAGGCACAAUCUGGUACUGGGAAAACCGCAACUUUCUGCUCUGGUAUUCUCCAACAGCUGGACUAUGGAACGGUUGAAUGCCAGGCUUUGGUUCUUGCACCCACUCGUGAGCUUGCGCAACAAAUUGAGAAGGUUAUGCGAGCACUAGGUGACUAUCUUGGUGUCAAGGUUCAUUUUUGUGUUGGGGGUACCAUUGUUCGUGAAGAUCAGCGUAUUCUUUCCGGCGGAGUUCAUGUUGUGGUUGGUACCCCAGGUCGUGUCUUUGAUAUGUUGCGGAGGCAGUCACUUCGCCCUGACUACAUUAAGAUAUUUGUGUUGGAUGAAGCAGAUGAAAUGCUCUCAAGAGGAUUCAAGGAUCAGAUAUAUGAUAUCUUCCAGCUUUUGCCACCUAAAAUUCAAGUUGGUGUAUUCUCUGCAACAAUGCCACCCGAGGCUCUUGAAAUCACAAGGAAGUUUAUGAAUAAGCCUGUCCGUAUUCUUGUCAAACGUGAUGAGCUAACUCUUGAGGGUAUCAAGCAAUUCUAUGUCAAUGUUGAAAAGGAAGAAUGGAAACUCGAAACUCUAUGUGAUCUUUAUGAGACUUUGGCCAUCACCCAGAGUGUCAUCUUUGUUAACACCAGGCGUAAGGUUGACUGGCUCACUGAAAAAAUGCGAAGUCGUGAUCAUACUGUAUCUGCUACACAUGGAGACAUGGACCAGAAUACAAGAGAUAUCAUCAUGAGAGAAUUCCGUUCUGGUUCUUCACGUGUGCUCAUUACCACUGACCUCUUGGCCCGUGGCAUAGAUGUUCAGCAAGUCUCACUUGUUAUCAACUAUGAUCUGCCGACUCAGCCUGAGAACUACCUACAUCGUAUUGGACGUAGUGGGCGAUUUGGGAGGAAGGGUGUUGCUAUUAAUUUUGUUACCAAAGAUGACGACCGCAUGCUUUUUGACAUACAGAAAUUCUAUAAUGUGGUAAUUGAGGAGCUGCCUGCCAAUGUUGCCGAUCUCCUGUAAUUCGGUUUUUUGUUCCUGGAAGGUUAAAAUGUUUCUCGUUUAAGUAUUUUAUUAUCUUAUUUCUUAGGUUAGUUAAAUGUGUAAUUGACUUGUAAUUGGGAGGAUGCAUGUUCCCUGAUUUGCAGAGGGGAUUUUCAUUUUCCAAUUUUGUUCCGGUUUCAAUUUGCUGUUGCAAAAUUUUGGUUAUUUUUGUAAUGUAAUUUGUCCAAAUUAAGUGCAGAUUUGUAUGUUGUUGGACUUGACAAGGUCUUUAAAUUUGGAUUUCUAAUUUUGUAUGCAUAUGUUAUAUUUAA